AUUAAUUUUUAUCUGCUCGUCAUGGAGCAGAAAAGACAUGGAGCAUCGAGGGAGCAAUGGCGGGGGAUUGCUUUCAUUGUUUUAUUAAUUUUGCAGUGGAGCAGAGCUUCGGCGCAGAUCAGAUAUUCCAUCGCCGAGGAAGUUAAAGAAGGAACUGUUGUUGGGAAUAUAGCCAAAGAUUUGGGAUUGGAGACGAACGCUCUGAAAGAGCGAGGAUGUCGUAUUGUUGAGGGUUCAACAGAGUCAUUUUUUCAUGUAAACCAGAAUGAUGGGAUAUUGUAUGUGGGCCGAAUAAUUGACAGAGAGAAGGUCUGUGAACGGAGCAGUGUGUGCUUGAUCAACCUAAAAACUGUGCUGGAAAACCCUCUUGAAAUUCAUUAUGUGACCGUAGAGGUGCUGGAUGUGAACGACCAUUCUCCCAGCUUCUCCACGAAAGAGUCGCGGCUCGAAAUUUCAGAAUCAGUUUUACCAGGUUUGCGCCUACACCUGCAAGCAGCACCUAAUGAUCAUUUUCGUUUAGAAGUCAAAGAUCGUGGAAAAGAUGGGAAAAUACCAAUAUUAGUUUUACUAAAGACGCUAGAUAGGGAAAAAAAGAAAAGCCAUAAAUUGCUUCUGACAGCUAUUGAUGGAGGCAAACCAAGUAAAUCUGGAACAACUCAGCUGUUUGUUGACGUCUUAGAUGUUAAUGAUAAUAUGCCUGUUUUCAACGAAGAAACGUACUCAGUGCGUUUAGAAGAAAAUGCUCCAAUUGGCACAACAAUUAUACAAGUUAAUGCCUCUGAUUUAGACGAAGGAUCCAAUGGUGAGAUUAUCUAUUCGUUAGGAAAAAAUGUGAAUAGCAGAAUACGUGAACUGUUUCGUGUAGAUUCAAAUACAGGUGAAAUUAUUGUUCAAGAUCUGAUAGACUUUGAAUCAGAGGAAAGUUAUCAGAUUGAUAUACAGGCGUCUGAUAAAGGAUCAGCUCCUUUAAGGACAGAUAAAAGUGUGUCUGUGAAUAUUGUUGAUUUGAAUGAUAACACCCCGCAGAUAGAGGUUACGUCAUUUUCAAGGGCAAUACCAGAGGAUGCAAGACUGGGAACCACUGUGGCAUUAAUCAGUGUCUUUGAUAAAGACUCUGGUCUUAACGGGAAAGUUAUUUGCUCAUUUAAUGAGGAUGUCCCUUUCACAUUAUCGCCUUCAACGCAGGAUAACAUGUAUUCUAUAGUCACGAAAUCGCCUUUGGAUAGAGAGAAGCAAUCCAUAUAUGAUGUUACAAUUGUUGCAAAAGAUGCAGGUGUACCAUCGUUGUCUUCUGAAAAAGGCAUUACUAUUGUUAUAUCAGAUGUGAAUGAUAACAGUCCAGAGUUUUCAGCGAGCCCUUACACAUAUUAUGUUACAGAGAACAACUCUCCAGGAGCUUCACUGUUUUCUGUGAGGGCAUCAGACCAUGACGAGGGCGAUAAUUCUCGUAUCUUAUAUCAUAUGCUGAGAGAUGGAAAAGAAAAUACUAAAAUAAAUUCAUUCAAUUUAAACAUAAACUCUGAUAAUGGAGACAUUAUGGCGCUAAAAAUUUUUGACUUUGAAACACUGAAAACUUUCCAAUUCCACGUUGUUGCCUCAGAUUCUGGAACUCCGUCACUAAGCAGCAACGUCACAGUGAACGUGUUCAUUCUGGAUCAGAACGACAACGCUCCAGUCAUCCUGUAUCCAGUCAGCUCUAAUGGUUCUGCUGAAGGUGUGGAGGAGAUUCCCCGCAACGUGAACGCAGGACACUUGGUGACUAAAGUCAGAGCCUAUGACGCUGAUAUAGGAUAUAACGGCUGGUUACUGUUUUCACUGCAGGAAGUUACUGACCACAGUCUCUUUGGUUUGGACCGCUAUACAGGACAGAUCAGAACACUUCGCUCAUUCACAGAGACAGACGAGGCUGAGCAUAAACUGGUCAUACUGGUCAAAGACAAUGGGAACGUUUCACUCUCAGCAACAGCUACUGUGAUUGUCAAACUUGUGGAGCCCAAAGAAGCUUUUGCAGCUUCUGAUGUGAAAAGUUCAGCAAAAGCAGAUGAGGAAAAUAAUGUGACUUUUUACCUGAUGAUAACUUUGGGCUCAGUUUCAGCACUUUUUCUCAUCAGUAUCAUCGUGCUGAUUGCAAUGCAGUGCUCAAAAUCCACAGACUAUACUUCUAAAUAUCUACAAGAGCCUAAUUAUGAUGGAACACUGUGUCACAGCAUCCAGUACAGAUCUGGAGACAAACGCUACAUGUUAGUUGGACCCAGAAUGAGUAUAGGAUCUACUAUAGUCCCGGGCAGCCAUGCGAAUACACUAGUGCUCCCUGACAGGAGGAGAACAUCUGAGGAGGAGAGGUGA